AUGGCCAAAAAGAAGUUAUACAAACAAUAUCAUCAUAAUAAUGAUAAAGAAAAUGAUAUUGAUCCAUUAAAUGAAUCAAACUCUUCUUCUUCUCCAAUGAAUACUAGUCCAACACCAUCACCAACUUAUAAGUAUGGAUUAUGGAAAUGUAUUGGAAAGGGUAAUUUUGGAGAUGUAUAUCGAGCAAAAGAUUUAACUGCUGGUAAAUUUGUUGCAAUUAAAGUUAUUAAUUUAGAUGAUUCUCCAGAUGAUGUUAAACAAAUCCUACGUGAAAUUCAUUUUUUAUCAAGAUUAAGUCAUGCAAAUGUUAUUCAAUAUUUUGAAAGUUUUACACAACAUUUAAAUAUGUUUAUAGUAAUGGAAUAUUGUGGAGGUGGAUCAUGUUCUGAAUUAAUUAAAUAUCAUAAAAAAUUAAAUGAGGAUAUUGUUAGUUAUAUAAUUAAAAAUGUAUUAUUAGGAUUACAAUAUUUACAUGGAGAAAGAAAAGUGCAUAGAGAUAUCAAAGCUGCAAAUGUAUUAUUAACAGAAAAUGGUGAUGUUAAAUUAGGAGAUUUUGGAGUUUCUGGUGAAAUGACAUUUACAAAAUUAAAGAAAAAUACAUUUGUUGGUACUCCAUUUUGGAUGGCACCUGAAGUUAUAAUAAAAGGUAAAAAAGCAAGUAAUAAUACAUUGGAUGAAGAUGAUGGAUAUGAUUAUAAAGCAGAUAUAUGGUCAACUGGAAUUACAACAAUUGAAUUAGUAACCGGUUCACCACCAUUAGCUCAAUUUGAUCCAUUAAAAAUAUUAUUCGAAAUUCCAAAAAAGAAACCUCCAAUAUUAUUUGGAUUAAGUUAUAGUCCUAAUUUAAAAGAUUUUAUUAGAUAUUGUUUACUUAAAGAUCCAGAUAAAAGGCCAUCUACUAAAUCAUUAUUACAUCAUCAUUAUAUAACCAAGCAAAUACCUCCAGCUAAAGCAAAAGAACAAUUAGUGCAAUUAAUACAAAUGAAGAUAUUAUACAAUGAAACAAAUAAUGUAAGAUAUAAACCACGUUUUAAAUUAAAUUCAACUGUAAUUGAUGAUAAUGAUCAAGAAAAUGUAAUUAAUUGGGAACUUACAAAAACAAUGGCAACUACUAUAUUAACUGAAAAGAAUAUGGAAUCUACAACUAAAUCAGAUAUAAAUAAUAAAAGCUCAAUAUUAUUUUAUUGUUUAGAACGUGUUUAUUUAAGAGGUAAAGAUGAAGAAACAAGAAAUAGUGUUGAGAAAUUAAUUCAAGAUAUAUAUAAAUGUGAAAAGGAGAAUCCUGGUUUAUGUCAUGCAUUAGUUGAAGAGAUUGAAAAGUGUGUUAAAUAG